UAGGGAGUUGAUGCUGGAAGAUGAAUGAAGCAACUAGCUAGUGACAACAACAUUACAGCAUAUUUAGUGGCGCUAAUAUGCUGUAAAAAGAAACCCCAGACAAAUAAAGACGUUCCGGGGCACCUUCUGGGUUCCGCAUGCUUGGCAUACAAGCUAAGAAGAAAAAUACAGUUCAUCCGUGGGGUUUGCUAAUAACAAACGCUAGCAUGUGCUGGAAGGAUGUAUGAUUGAAACUGUCAAAAAUCAACUAAAAACAUCAUCUCGAUAGGGCUGAGGUAGCACUGCCACCAUGUACUCCAGCCCCAACAACUGCAUGAAGUCCAACAGCAGCAGCAGCAUCACUGAGCUGCUGGGGGCCCUGUGUGACAGCAGCCUGUCUGGGGUGUCAUGGAAACGCCGGGCCCUCGGUGGAGUCUCACGGGACGGUUUCCGCCGAGCUCUGAAGAAGUGUGCCUACGGCGCCCUGCUGUCCAAGCUAUUUCAGGAUGACACCAAAGGGUCUGCCUCAGGAGCCCCGAGCGCCACAGCCAAUACACCGGCCAAAAACAAAAUCCUCAUGAUAAGUUUUGACUUGCGGGUAGCAGGGUGCCGAGAGGAAGCGGAAAGGUUGGAAGAGAAACUGGGGAUGCUGAUGGAGGGAGAAUCCUCUGGACUGAAGGAAGUAGACGCAGUCCUUGAGCUCUUGGUACAUCUUGCUGGGUCUGCACCUCCACCUCCUACCUCUUUCAGUAGAGACUACAUGAGACGGGAGAGGCCCGUGCUGCGGAGGCCCCCCCCCUGGAGCUACCAGAGCGAGGAGCUGCAGAGGCUCGAGGCCCGGUCGUGGGGUCUAGUGUGUGGAGAGGAAUGGAGGAAUUUGGAGAGUUUGUGUGGAAAUCAGAGGUUGAUGGAUGCUCCUCCAGGCACAGGACUGCUGGCUCUGAGAACUAAAUUAGAAGUGGAAGAAAGAUUUGAGAGGGAGACCAGGAUGACACUGUUUGGAGCGCUGCAGCACACUCGCACCUCAGACAUUGACAUAAGACUAGACCUCCCUCCUGUUCCCAGUAAUAUUGAUGUUACUGGACUGGCUUUAAAGAUCCCCUCAUGUUUAGAUCAGUCUGAGGAUGAGGGCUUCCAGUCAGCUUCCAACAUGACCCCAGACUCUCAGUCAGAGACCAGCCCCGUUCCAGAUGUUGAUAUAUGGGAGGCUCUCCGCACGUUCGAGCCUGGGAGACGCCGCUGCUGGGAGUCUGUUGGCUGCCCACCGGGGAAAAGAGAGUCCCUUUAUCUGACAGAGGGAGGCAGGGAGUCCUUUGACCAGCUCUAUCGUCUGUGGGAGGGGGAGAUGAGGGUGGUCAGCACGGCGACCCCCUCUCCUCUCCUCCCUCUGCCCCUGGACACUCAGGCCCAGCUGGUGUUCGACCUCCUCAACGUCUUGAUCGGAGUGGCCUCCAUUACCUUCCCUCUCAACCAGAGUGUUCAGUUUGACGUCAGACCGGGUGUGUGUGUGUCCGGAGCGUCUCCAGAGAGUGUGUCUCGUCUCUUGGGGGAGCUGGCCCACUACGGCACCCACUACCUGAGGCUAAGUCGCUUUUCUCUGCAGUGUGCUGACAAAAAAGGCCUUGUCUUUCAGGCUUUUACAGGUGGUCUGCGGAAGUAUCUGCAUUACUACAGGGCUUGUGUUCUCAGCACUCCCCCCACCCUUAGCCUGUUGACUAUUAGCUUCCUGUUCCGCAAGGUGGGCCGCCAACUAAGGUAUUUGUCAGAGCUGUGCUGUGUGGACGGACCUUUAGGUGCAGGCCAGGCUACCUUCCCCGUGGGGGUUAAACUGAUGUCCUACCUGUACAACGAGGCACAAAAUAACUGCAGCAACGAGAACUACCCGGUGCUGCUGUCGCUGCUGAAGAGCAGCUGUGAGCCGUACACACGGUUUGUGUCUGACUGGGUGUAUAGCGGCGUGUUCCGUGAUGUUUAUGGAGAAUUCAUGAUACAAGUCAAUGAGGAAUAUCUGGGCUGCAGAGACAAACACUUCUGGGUCCAAGGCUACACUCUGAUCUCCAAGGAUGUGGAGGAUUGUGUGCCCGUCUUCCUGAGACACAUCGGCAAUGAUGUGUACGUCUGCGGAAAGACAAUCAACCUCCUCAAGAUCUGCUGCCCACAGCACUACAUCUGCUGGUCGGAGCUUCCGGUGCCUCGCAUCGCUGUCACCUUCUCCCUCCAGGAGGUGGAGGUGAUCGAGAGGGACUGUGCUGUGUACCGAGGGCGCAUGGAGAGGAUUGCUAAGCACAGCGCCAUCAGCAGGGAGGAGCAGGCCCAGCGAGUGGAGCGGGCGCGCCAGGAGCUGAUCAAUCAGGUCAGAGAGUCGGCAGUCAAAACCCUGGAGAGCAUCCGCGGGCGCCAGGUGUCACAACGUCUGGCUGAGGAAGCCAAGAAGAGAGAGCGUUUUGAUGAGCUGAAGCAGCACCUGGAGCAGGAGCAAGAGUGGCGAAAUGUUGCUGUGAAGAGGCAGCAGGGGGACGACUUCAGCUUUGCCAGAGAGCUGAGGGACAGAGAGCAGAGACUACAGGCCCUGGAGGAGCAACUGGAGCAGAGAGCCAGGAAAGAGCUGAUAGCUCAGUACAGCCGUCUGUCAGAGGAGGCAGCUCGCAGAGAGAUGCGGGCCAUGUGGCGGGUGCAGCGAAUGAGACUCGAUGAAGCCCGAUCUCAGUUUGUCAUGCGUGACGGGCAGCAGAUUCAGGCAAUUCUCGAGAAAUAUCCUUUAGGCCAGGAGAGACCUCCCAUGGAAGUGUUUCAAGCUGUUCCCUCAGUGCAACAGACUGCACCACAACCAGCACUGGAAUCUCCCACUCAGGACCCGCCUGAGCAGCAGCCAGCAGAGACUCAAGAAUCUCAUGCUGCCUCACCACCACCUCACCCAUCCUCAGCCACCCCCCGUACAGCAGACCCAGCCCUUAUCUCUGAAAAUAUCGACAUCAAUGACUUCCUCCCCAAGUCAUCGAAUGCCUCCAGCGAGCAGGUGGACUCUGCCUUACAGGAGAUUGGCUCUGAGCUACCUGAAGUGUGUCCUACAGCACAGCUAGUAGACUAUGACUUCAGUGCCCCCUUUAGUCCACUGGAGGGUAUCACUGGCCAAGCCUCAGUCCAGCCCCGGCCUCGCUGGGGACCUGCAGGCCAGCCUGACAUGAUCCAAAACCAUCCCUCUUUUUCUCACAUCCCAAUAGGAGAGAACAUUUCUCAAGUCCAGGAUGGCAUCCCCAGAGCCAGCCCCUUUGGCCAAGCCUCCAAAUCCAGCUUUCCUCUGGGCCAAUACACCCCAGAAGAGCCCCAACCAUCUGCAUAUACAGCAAGCAUGUAUGGACAUCCCUCUCAAGCCUCAGUGCAGCUUGUGGAUGGGAGUGGCUCUAUGACUGACAACAAGCAGGAGGAAGUUGCGUCUAUGUCAGAACAGAAGACUGAAACAAGGAGUUUAGAAAGUAAAGUAGAGGGAUAUAAAGAAAACGCUAAAUCUGUCGACGAUUAUGUGUUUGAUGCUUUGCCAACCUACAAACCAGAGCUAAGUGGCAAAGCAGAGACAAGUCUUUCUGAUUGUGGUAGGAUUGUUCUACCCGAUGGAAGCGCUCAAAAUAAAGCUGAUAAUAUUUCAAUGCCAAACACUCAGGUCUCUGGAGAGCCAGUUUUCGAUGCGGUUGCCCAGCAGCCUUCACUUAACACCCACGGCCACUCCUCUGAUUCCCACAUACAGAUCGGACAGCUUGUAUCAGAGGUAGCUGCUCCUCUUCCAUCCCAUAAUGUCCACGGGCAUGCAUCAGAUUCACACAUGAAGAUUGGAGAACAUGCUUCAGAAGUUGAAGCCCCUCUACCUUCCCACAGUGUCCACGGUCACUCUUCUGAUGCACACAUUAAAGUCGGGGAAAAUGUUUCAGACUUUGUCGCUGCUUUUCCUUCUCCAAAUGUCCACGGUCAUGCGUCAGAUGACCACUUUAUAGUCGGCGAAAAUGUCUCAGAUGUAGACGCCCCUCUGCCCUCCCCCAACAUUCAUGGUCACAGUUCAGAUGCCCACAUUAAAGUCGGAGAAAACAUCUCAGAUUUUGUCGCACCACUUCCUGUUCACAGCAUCCACGGUCACUCCUCGGAUGCUAAUAUAAAAGUGGGUGAGUUUGUGUCGAACGUGACCGAAGCAACACCUCGUCCGAGUAAACAUGGGCAUGCAUCAGACGGUAUACUUCGACCAGGCUGUGUGGUAUCUGGAGAUGAAGCCACCUCUCCUUCACUACCUGGAAGCACUUUUGGUCACUCCUCGGACUCAGGGUUGGGGGCUGGAUGUGUAGUUUCAGGAGACGAAGCCAAGCGUUUCCCUAUACCCGGCAGUGCCCAUGGUCAUGCUUCAGAUUCACAUAUAGCCAGUGGAUGUGUUGUGUCGAAAACUGAACCACUUCCAUCACUGGUACCCGGCAGCGCCUACGGCCACUCCUCGGAUUCAACGCUGGGGGGGGGUUGCGCGGUCUUAGGAAAAGAGCUGCAACCCUCUGUACUACCAGGCAGCACUUAUGGCCACUCAUCAGACUCUUCACUUGCGGUUGGGUGUGUGGUGAAGGGUGAUGGCAUCCUGAAUCAGCAGAAGACAGAAGACAAUGAAGACGGUAAAGGGUUCACAGAGUCCUGGGCAGCCGGCUUUAGUUUGUCUCCUGGAGAAAAGUCUGAGCAGGAAUACCUCUUGGCUUUGUGUGCUCAGUACGAGGUGGAACAAUACGAAGACUGCUACAACCUGAUGGCUUCGUCCCCUGAGUGUCAGCUGUUGAAGCAGGUGACUCGCGGCCCCUGGGGUUUCCCUAUGGACCCCACGCUCUGCAAAGCCACUGACACCACCGCCGUCCAGCUCAGCGAGUUGGUUUCACUGCCAGUUCUGAUAAAACAGGCCGUCACCACGCCGCUCACCACACAUGUCUCUCUAGUGAACAAGGCAGUGGUGGACUACUUCUUUGUGGAGUUAGGGGUGGAGAGACACUUUGAGGCGCUGCGCCAUUUCCUGCUGAUGGAGGAUGGCGAGUUCGCACAGUCCCUCAGCGAUCUGCUCUUUGAAAAGAUGGGCAGUGGGCAGACCCCCGGGGAGCUGCUGACCCCCUUCGUCCUGAACUCCAUCCUCAGUAAGGCCCUGCAGUACAGCUUACACGGAGACACACCGUUAGCGGGUAACUUCACCUUCGCCCUGCGCUUCCUCCCAGAGACCUUCCACCCGCACGCCCCCGACUCCCUCAACUGUCUGGAGCUGCGCUACAAGGUGGACUGGCCUUUGAACAUCAUCAUCACGGACAGCUGCAUGAACAAGUACAACCGUCUGUUCUCGUUCGUGCUGCAGCUCAAACACAUGGUGUGGAGCCUCCGCGAGGUCUGGUUCCACCUCAAGAGGACAGCUCUGGUGAAAGGUGCGGGCCGCUCGGUGCAGUUUCAUCAGCUGCAGCUCUACAGACAUGAGAUGCAGCAUUUUGUUAAAGUGAUACAGGGAUACAUCACCAACCAGAUCCUGCAAGUGUCCUGGAUGGAGUUCACUGCCAAACUGGCCACUGCCAACGACCUGGACGCCAUCCACCGCACGCACGCAGACUACCUCAACAGAGCCAUCUUCAGGGGUCUGCUGACGGAGAAGGCGGCCCCCGUCAUGAACAUCAUCCACAGCAUCUUCAGCCUCAUCCUGAAGUUCCGGGCGCAGCUGAUCGCACAGCCCUGGGGCAGCCAGCAGGGGGAGGCGGUGCACCCCAGCUUCAUCGCCAUGCAGCAGUCCUACAACACCUUCAAGUACUACUCACAGUUCCUCUUCAAAGUGGUGACCAAGCUGGUGAACCGGGGCUACCAGCCUCAUCUGGAGGACUUCCUGCUGCGCAUCAACUUCAACAACUACUACAAAGACUCCUGAGCUCUGUUCUGGUGUGUGUGAGCUGUAGGCAUAGCUACUUAUCCAAUGAACCUUCGUGUACCGUGUGCGUUUACAUUUUUAGAAUCCCUGAAAUGUGUUUAAAGGAAACAUAAUCAGACGUGUGUGAUAAAUGCAGUUCCUCUGGCCUUCAUUUCACUGUUCAAAAUAUAUUCAAAAACCCACCGGUGCUUUAUAUUAGAGCAUGCGUCUGACAUUAAAGCCAGUUUAAGUAAUGCAUGUGCAGGAUCUGAACUACAUGUCUGCGCUUGAUUAAUGGCUUUGCUUCUGGACUCUCUGUAUGCUGCCAACGUUUGUAAAGAUGCCUACUGUAAAGUCUCCGCUCAGGUGUUCUUCCAGCUGUAUAGAAUAUAAGUGCAUAUAUAUUAUGUAUUAUGUAAAUACACAAGCAAAAUGACUUUUUUUUCUUUCUAGUUUUGAUGCUUAAGUACUUUUGUGAAGAAAACACAUUAUGUAAAAAAGCUACUUGUAUUUAUUCAAGAUCACAUGUUAGCAUUUAUUUAAGAAAACUAGGACAAAUAAGGUGUAAAGCAUUAUGGGUAAUGGAUUGUGUCAACCUUGGCUAUUCAUAAAAGUAGAGGGCAGUAUUUACUGUAUAACUGAAAUGUAUGUUCUACACCAUGAGCACCCAGAGUUCUCCUGAUGUUGCUUUCACUUUCAAGGGCAAACAUACAACAAGAAUAAGCAGCACGGCAGUAACACGUUUAAUGGGCUGCAGCAAGAAGAGGAUUUAUUUUAUUGAAUGGAUGGUUUAGUUUAAAAAAACAUCAUAUUCAUAAAUCAGGAAUAGGACAAGCUUGUGUAAGUCGAACAGGAAAGAAACUCUGAGGCUGUUGUGGACUGCAGGUUAGUUUGCAAAGCUUUAGUUUUAUUAACGGUGUGAUUGAAGCGCGUCAACCAGCACCUGGAGAAGAACAGGGCAAACAUACUGGAUGGAUAAGCUGUUCUUUAAAGCAUCAGAAGACCUGCCAAUACGCAUUCAGGCAACAGGAAGAGAAAUGGUUAACCGUCGCGACUUAAAGCAAAAGUUUGACAUUUAGGGAAACACGCUCAUUAUCUUUCGAGUGUAGCAAGAUGGAUACUGUGACCCUUUGACAACAACAUUUUCAUUAAGAGUACCACACCACCUUAAUCAUCAAAUGUAUUCACUUUUCAAGGACUCCCCAGAUCCAAUUAUUUUCAAAUUGAAGGACCCAAUAGGAAAUAGUCUGAGACGUGGUUCAAGGUUAAUUACUGUUACAGUUUCAUAAUGAGAAGGCUUCACAAAAGCUUCAGGCAAAGACCACAGAGAGAGGCUUGAAUAUAUGAACAUGUCUCCAUUGUGCUGUGAGAGUCGUGUACUCUCUUGCCUUCACUAGAACAGCACUAAAGAUGGACACUUUCAUUAUACUUACAGUAAGAGUUUGAGGAGAUAAAAAAAAAAAUUCAAUUCCCAUUAUUGAUUGGAAUAUGUUGUAACGCUCCAUGUCUCUUCAAAAGCUUUUAACACCUGUUUUUAGUUUUUGUUAUAUCAAUCUUUUCUUCUAACACCAGAUAGCAAAUGUAUCCAUUCCCCAAAUGUCAAACUAUUCGGUAGAUUACAAUGAGUAGUGACAAAACAUACUCAUAAUUAAUGGUUUCACCAGAGGAACAGACAGUCCUUGAGGAAAUAUCCACACUUAUUCCUUGUUUAAUAUGUGAUUACGCCAAGAAAUCUGAUGUAGGGUAAAAAAAAAAGCAAGCAGACACUCACUGGUCAACACAAUGUAACUUUCACGAUCAACGUCAAGUCAGUGGUUAUGACCCCGUCUGUAUUACAGGUACAAAAACACUUUCAUCUUUCAACACCACCGCCCAUUAAUAUCAUAAUAACAGCUCAAAUUGGCUGAAAUGGACUAAAACUGAACAUGGAUCCAAAGGGGACGGGUCGUCUGCCUUCCUUUAAUCUUCCUGUAUUCAAACGUAUAAGAGUACAUUAUACCCCACUGCCUACAUGCGUUACCGUGACAUUUAUUUUAGUAUUACAGCUCAGCGCUCAGUGUAGAGUUUUAAUAUUCUGCGACGGGACGGAGAGAGAACGCCAUUAUUUAAUCAUGCACCGCAUCAGUCCUAGCAUAUUGACUCUGAAAGCUUUUAAUGCAGCCGACUGAUUAAACAUCAUAUAGACACUCGCACGGCUCGUAUUUACAAACGCCUUCAAGAAACCUAGCCCAACAUACUAAUUUGACUAAAUAUUAUUUGGCUGCUUGAGGAGAACCUUGCAUACAGAUCAUCUUAAGACUUGCUUUGUAUAGGUAGUGGUUAUAACAAAAAACAUUACAUUAAUUCAGUUUAGUAGGAAUGCUUAAGACCACCAUAUGUGUAAGAGUGCAGGAAGAACAAAGACGCUUAAUCUAAUCGCUCAUGCCAAUGGUGUCCACUGUUCAGGGCACACAUGCUCACAGUUUUAAUCACAUGGAAUUGAACAGUCAUUGAUUAAAGAUUAAAGGAAUUGACAUUAAUUAAACCAUUUUUAAGUCCUUCGUUGUCUUAAAAGUCUAAGAUCCUUCAAAUGUCUUAAUAAGUGCAUUCUGUAGCCGUCAAGCAUUACUAAACUGAUAUUAACUUUGGAAGUGCAAUAACUUUUUUUGUACACGAACAAACAAAAUAAACACAAAAAUAGUUGCAUAAGAGCAUAACGUACAAGUUAACGUGUAAACAAAGCAAAGGAAUGAACUUUCCAAACGACGUAAACCUAAGAAUGAAUGUAAACCUAAAACAAAGUAAUUCACCACCUUCUGUUAGAUGGCCAGAGAUAUUAGAAGACAUUGAAACACAAUCGAUAUCUGUUGUUCCCUUUUUAGUACCACACAUAGGUGUAAAUACAAAUCCAAAGACCCGUGCUACAAAAGAAAAGCAGAUCUGAUAGAGAACCCAUCAGAUCUGCUUUUUGUUCCUUCCAGGUCUUCUAUGACAGAGGGUGAGUGGAAGUGACCUACACUCUCUAUUAUGGGUGUUGGAGUACCAGAGUUAGGGUUAGCUGGUCAUGGCGUCACCUUCAAGGAGAAACUUCUCUCCGAGGCAAAGGAUGGACCGUGGUGGUUUUUUGGUCCUGAGGGGGACUAGGCUUCAGACUCCAGGUCUUCCUCCGCUCCGUUGGUCGUGUCGCCCGUCUCCGGCUCCAGCAGCAGGAACUUCCCGUCGUUGGUGAGAGGCAUGUUCUUCAACAGCUGGGCCAGGGCGUCUGGGUCCUGAGAAAACAAACGUAACAGAAUGCUUAUUGCACCUGAGCGUGAUUUUUGUUUUGUUUUUCAAAUCCGCAAGUCGUGACAAUACAUUUUUUUAUGAACUAUGGGAGGUAGAAGUUGUUUUCUUAUUUCUCUUCAUAAAUACCUCCUGAUCAGCCACUGAAAAACCACUCUAAUUUAGUGUUGUGAAACUAUAAAACCUAAAUAAAUAAUAUAAUAAAUAUGUGUUGAUAGACAUUUUGUACACAAAUAUGCAAUAAAAUGAGCUUCACAGGAGAUAAGAUAAGACAAAUAAAAAGGCAGAUGUAACUAGAGAACAUUAAAAAGAAGAAAGGCCUCCAGAGAUGUAAAACAGAACCAAAUAAAAUGAUCAUACACACACAUUUAAAGAGAUGAGCAAUACGUUUUCAUUUUCUAACGCUUACUGCAGGGAGACUGUUCCAGAGUUACGGGUUGUUUAAAAUAUGACUUCCAACUUUAAACAGGCAUCAAUGAGGUAAUAGAACAUGUCAUUUCUCUCUUAUGGAGAAAUCAGCUGAUUGUGUUAUUGAUGAUACCUUCUUAGCUUCUGCAAUGUCCUUCGCCAAACUUAUGGUGUAACAUAUCUGUGAAUAAAGACAAAAACAUCAACUUUAA